AUGAUUUCCGACCCUGUCUACUUUAACGCCGUGGCCUUUUCGACCCAAGGUUACUUUGAGGCGAUGGUGCAUGGUCACAUAACGGCCAAGCCGCUGCUUCAUCUGGCCCGGACCCUGCAACUCCUGCGAAAAAGACUCGACAGCCCCGAUAGCCCAGGGUUCAGCACAAAUUCGACGAGGUUGACUAUCGUGCUCCUGGCCUUGGUGUCGGAGGACAUUGAGCUCGGCGAGACCAUCGCCCAUCAUCUGGCGGGGUUGGCCAGGCUCGUUAGUCUCCGCGGUGGCCUUUUGCAAGUUCGCCCAGAGAGCGAGGAGUUAUGGACCAAAGUUUGCAGGAUUGAUAUCGUCGUCGCCAUCAGGUCUGGCACGAGGCCAAGAUUCUGCCGAGACACCUUAUCCUGGUCACCAUAUCUCCUCAAGAAUCAAGUGAAAGAUAGAUGGCGCCACGAAGCACCCGCCCGAGGCCAGGCGGCCAGGGCCAAGUGA